AUGGGCUGGAAAGGUAUCUACUGGCUUUUAAUGCUGUUUGUGUUGCGGAUUACUACUGUGGGUGGAGUGGAGCCUAAAGCCGAACCAACCACAGACUUUUCUCUCGCUCCUGCUAUGGGGGUGAUGGAGGGGGAGCGCCAGAUCAUGACCGAAUCUCAGUAUAAAUGUCUGGAGCUGUUGAGCAGAGAUGGGAUACACAAUAAAACAGCUUCCCACUGUAGCCGGUUUUGGGAUGGCUGGCUGUGCUGGGAUGAAACUCCUGCUGGGGCUUAUACUUCUCAGAGCUGUCCAGACUACCCUACCUUUGACACCUCGGAAAAAAUAACCAAAUAUUGUGAUGAAUCUGGUAAUUGGGCUCACGUCACAUCAAUAAAUAAUACCUGGUCUCUGUGUCUUAGCAACUCAAAGGACAAAUUAAAGAAAGGGUCUGUUUAUGGUGAAGUGGAGCCAGAGGCUGAUACCACAGCAGAAACCCUGGUCAGUCCUGUGGAAACUCAGAAAAUAGAGGAGAGGAAGAAAAUCAUUGAUGGUCAAUAUAAAUGCUUUGAGAAAAUGAACCGAGACCCACCGUAUAACAAGUCAGGUCUGUACUGUAACCGGACGUGGGAUGGGUGGCUGUGUUGGGAUGAUACACCUGCAGGAACAUACACAUCUCAAAACUGUCCCAACUACUUCCCUGACUUUGACCCUACAGAAAAGGCCAUAAAAUAUUGUGAUGAGAAUGGGAACUGGUUUCUACAUCCUGAGACAAACAGGACUUGGUCCAACUACACCCUCUGCAUUGCCUACACUAAAGACAAGUUAAAGAAUGCAUACAUUCUGUACUACAUGGCAAUUGUGGGUCACGCUUUGUCCAUUGCGUCUCUCCUCAUCUCUCUGGCAAUAUUCUUUUACUUCAGGAGUCUAAGCUGUCAAAGGAUCACCUUGCACAAGAAUCUGUUCUGCUCUUAUGUGCUCAAUUCAGCCUUCACUAUAAUCAACCUCACAUGUGUGGUCAACAACCCUAAAGUGGUGGAGAGGAACCCGGUUGGUUGUAAGGUGCUACAAUUCUUCCACAUGUACAUACUGGGCUGUAACUAUUUCUGGAUGCUGUGUGAGGGCAUCUAUCUGCACACCCUUAUCGUGGUGGCGGUUUUCGCUGAGGAACAGCACCUUCAUUGGUAUUAUCUCUUAGGAUGGGGUUUUCCCCUGGUGCCUGCCUCUAUCCAUGCAGUAGCAAGAAAAAAGUAUUUUGACGACAAUUGCUGGAUGAGUGUGGAGACCCAUCUACUGUACGUGGUUCAUGGACCUAUUAUGGCAGCUUUAUUAGUGAACCUAUUCUUUCUGCUGAACAUUGUGAGGGUUUUGGUGAUGAAGCUGAAGGACACCCAUCGCGCAGAGUCCAACAUGUACAUGAAAGCAGUACGAGCCACCCUCAUUCUUGUGCCCUUGUUAGGAAUCCAAUUUGUUAUAUUUCCAUGGAGGCCAGAAAACCGUUUGGCUGGAGAAGUAUACGACUAUAUCAUGCACAUAUUACUGCAUUACCAGGGCUUGCUGGUGGCAACAAUAUUCUGCUUCUUCAACGGAGAGGUUCAGGCUACUCUGAAGAGGCAGUGGAUGCAGUACAAGGUGCAGUGGGGACAGCGACGCCGUGAGCACUGGUCCAUGCGCUCUACUUCAUACACCACCACGUCCAUCACAGAGGUGCCUGCUUUCAUUUUCCACUAUGACAACAACAGUGAACACUUGAAUGGCAGACACGUCGAUGACUCAGCGUGA